AUGGAAGUCAUAAAACUAGGCGUGAUUGCCGCUGUCAUUGGUCUAGUGGUUUCAUCUAAAAAUAGCAUUAAUCUGACCCACUUUCUACUUGAUAAUUACCCGGAAUAUCCUAUCCGUCCAGUGAUGAAUGAAAGUACACCGAUAGUGGUGUAUCAUCGUAUGACGCCUAUACAGCUUAUAGACUUGGAUGAACAAAAUCAGGUUAUGACAUUCAAGUGUUGGCUUGGACAGACGUGGACAGAUGAAUAUUUGACAUGGGAUCCUGACGAUUUUGGUGGUAUUAAAGAAAUACAGAUACAUAUCUCUAAAAUAUGGCAACCGGAUAUGGUAUUGUUUACUAGUAUCAGCGAGCUGUUCAUUCGCAAUUUUGAUACAGACACCAUUGUCUCCUACGAUGGGACAGUGGUCGCAUUACAAUUCUCUGUCGUCCAAUCAACUUGCACCAUCGAUGCGACCUUCUUCCCAUACGACGAACAAAACUGUCAGAUGAAGUUUGCCUCAUGGAGUUAUCACGGUGGGUACAUGGAUGUCCUUCCAAGUAAUGAGAGUAACAUUGACCGGUUCGUGGUAAACGGAGAAUGGUUGCUAACACACAUGAAUGUAAAACGCGACACUGUUAACUACGUCUGCUGUGACGAGCCCUUCCCGGAUGUGACGUAUACUCUCCACUUCAAACGUCGAUCCCACUCCUAUGUUAUGAACAUAAUAUUCCCAUCAUUCCUAGCGAGUAUUUUGAUUUCCGUGGGCUUCUACUUACCGUCUGAUUCAGGAGAAAGGGUUACCCUGUGUGUUACUAGUAUUCUUACCCAGUUUGUUUACCUGACUAUUGUAUCCAGUUAUAUGCCUCCAACGGCUGAAAACAUCCCUCAUAUAAGUAAGUAUAAUUUAGUUAUAAGUUAUUACCCAUAA